CAGCGAGAUGACCAUCCCGGAGUCGUACCGUCGGAGUCCGGUUCGUGGGCCACGGUUCGAGAAGCCGCGCCAUUACGUGGAACACUCGAUGGAUCGUGGUGUGCGCAUCUUCACCGGGGACGAGAAACAACCGAAGGUGCUGAGUAAUCCGGUGAUCUACGAUGAAGAGGCAAUACGUCGACAACCGUACCAGGAGAACGAUUGGGAUGACAAUGAGCGCACCCCGAAUCGUAGUGCCGAUCGAUCCUGCAAUUCUCGUUCAAAUGGUAACGGUGGUGAUGAAGGAAGGUACGAUGUGCGCCGUUCCGUGCUAGAGAACGCACUCAACGUUGCCUUCCUGGCGGCCAACUCGAACCAGCUGCGACUGCUGACAACAUCGAACAACGAGCGGCAGGAUACGAUUAGCUAUCAGGCAGUAUUUGGCCUGAUUGUAGUGUCACUGAUACUGCAAAUCCUCAACUGCGUCUCCAUGGUGAUAAUGUCGACACUUACCUCGCAUCGUUGGCCGCUAUUGCGUACCUUGGCAUGCAUCGUCGCCACCGUCAUUGCGCUGCUCAAUCUGGCCGUCGUAACGAUGCUCAAUGUGUUACUCGAGUCAUAGUGAGCCACCGCCAUCAGUUCUACCCAAAUAUUAGGAUUGAGGGUUUGAUGCUGUGGAGCGGUUACAUCUUGGUCCAGUGAUAAGGUUCCAUUGCACUUCUGUUUUAGUAAAAAAAGAACACUUGGGUGGUGUUGCCAUAUACGUUGUUGUGGUAAAAUAUAUGAUAUAGAAUUCCCCUUUUUUAAUUUUAUUUU